AUGUCUCGUUAUGGAGUUAACGUUCAAAAAUUUGUUGUAAUUAGUAAUCCUGAAGAAGCUAUUGAAGCUGCAAAAAGUUUGAAUGCUACGGAAUUUGUAGUCAAAGCACAGCUUCAUGCUGGCGGUCGUGGUAAAGGAACUUUUAGUAGCGGUUUAAAAGGCGGUGUUCACGUUACAAAAGACAUUGAAGAAGUGAAAUUUUUAUGCGAACAGAUGCUGGGACACAGGCUUGUUACUAAGCAAACUCCUAUAGAAGGAAUUUUAGUAAAAAAAGUGAUGGUCGCCCAAUCUUUUGGAGAAAUUUUGCAAGAAAAUUAUUUUGCGAUCGUUUUAGAUCGCAAUUACAACGGGCCAGUAAUGGUCGCCUCUCCGGAGGGCGGCGUGGACAUUGAGCACGUGGCCAUGAGAGCCCCAGAAAAGAUUUAUAAGGAACCAAUUAAUCUUGCAACAGGACCAAAACAAGAACAAACCUCAAGACUUGCUCGUUUAUUAAAUUUUCAAGGAGAACAAGUUGAAGAGGCGCAAAAGCAAAUGCUUUUUUUAUAUAAACUAUUCCUUGAAACUGACGCUACUCAGCUAGAAGUUAACCCUUUUGGUCUAACGCCUUAUGGAAAAAUUGUGUGUUUUGAUGCUAAAAUAACUUUUGACGAUAACGCGUACUUUCGUCAAAAGUUUAUAUUUGGGAUGAGAGACACCGGAGAUUCUCGCGAGAAUGAAGCCGAAAAGUACGGCCUGAACUAUGUAAGCUUAAAAGGAAAUAUUGGUUGUAUGGUUAAUGGCGCCGGCCUGGCCAUGGCUACUAUGGACCUUAUAAAACUGAAUGGAGGAGAACCCGCGAACUUUCUGGAUCUUGGCGGAGGCGUUAACGAGGAAAAUGUUGGAAAUGCUUUGAAAAUUCUUAUUAAAGACAAAAAUGUUAGUUCUAUUUUCUUGAAUAUUUUUGGAGGCAUCGUAAAUUGCUCUGUAGUGGCUAAUGGCGUAUUGAGAGCUUGCCGUUUUCAAAGUGUAAUUCCACCAAUUACUUUACGUUUAAAAGGCACCAAUGAAAUGGAAGCAAAGAGGCUACUCAGCCAAUCAGGAUUCAAUUUGAAACUGUUUGAAAAUAUGGAUGAAGCUUCCAUUAGUGCCAUUAAAGAUGCUUAUUGCAGUGGAAACGCUUCUUGUGUUAUUUAA